UCGAGUUUUAAAAAUAUUUUCAGAUUAGAAUCAAAAUUGUUGAGACUCGAGCUAAAGUAUACACAAGUUUUCAAUCGAAAACUCAGUCCUCAGUCGAUUAUCAUUCUCAAUGCCAACUUCAUCUAAGUAUAUUCGGCUUCAGAAUCUAAUCAUUAUUAACCUUUUUUUAGUUAAUUUUAAGUAGGUAUAGUAACACGGGAAUUAUUUUUGUGAAAUGGCGGAAAAAAUAGUGCCAGUAGAUCAGUUAGUAAAAGAAGCGAAAAACGUGUAUAAAGAACAGUUCGGUGAAGAAGCGGAUAUAGCGGUCUUUGCCCCUGGAAGAGUAAAUUUAAUCGGAGAACAUACCGAUUACAAUGAUGGGUUUGUUAUGCCAAUGGCUCUUCCCUUAGUGACUGUUAUAGUAGGCAAACGAAAUGUAGGACAAAAUGUAUCAUUGUACACCACAACGGAAUUUUUAAAAGAAGCACAAAAAACCACAUUUGAACUUCCAAAUGAAGGGGCACUAAUAAGAGCAAUAGCGCGCGUUGGACCAAAAUGGGCAAUGUACAUAAAAGGCGUUAUUGUAAACUAUUUAGGUAGUAUUCCACCUGGUUUUAACGCAGUAAUACAUACAAGCGUCCCCAUUGGCGGAGGUCUAUCUAGUAGUGCGUCGUUAGAGGUCGCUACUUAUUUAUUUCUGGAUCAAUUGGUAGGAAACACCAAUGAAGCAAUUUCGCUUACACAAAAGGCAUUGGCUUGUCAAAAAGCAGAACACGAUUACGCUGGGAUGCCGUGUGGUAUUAUGGACCAAUUUAUUUCAUUUUUGGGCAAAAAAGAUAAUGCUCUCUUAAUAGAUUGUAGACACCUCACAUCGUCCCACAUACCAUUGAACGAUGACAACGUUGUGGUUUUAAUAACGAAUUCUAACGUAAAACACGAACUUACAGGCAGCGAAUACCCAACCAGAAGGAAACAAUGCGAAGAGGCGGCAUUAAUAUUAAAAAAAGUUAGCUUGAGGGAUGCAAAUUUGGAAGACAUUAAGUAUUUACAAUCGUUAAACGCAAACCCAGAAAUCGUAACAAGAGCAAGGCACGUCAUCACAGAAAUACAAAGAACUACGGAAGCCGCCGAAAUGUUGAAACAAUCAAAUUUCGUAAAAUUCGGAAAGCUCAUGACUGAAAGCCACAUUUCCUUAAGGGAUGACUACCAAGUAUCAUGUCCGGAGUUAGAUAGUCUAGUGGAUUUAGCUACGGAGGUUGAAGGUGUCUUGGGAAGUCGGAUGACUGGAGGAGGUUUUGGAGGGUGUACUGUAACAUUGGUUUAUUCCAAGUCCGCUGAAAAGGUAAUUCAAAACAUUAAGAACAAGUACAAGGGUACCCCAACAUUCUACCUAUGUAAACCCAGUCCGGGAGCUUCAGUUGUUUCCUAAAAAUUGACAACAUUGAGAUACGUUUUCUACAUUUCCAACAAAUACGUCUG